AACUCCACCCCUUUUGCGUCAUCAAAAAAGGUCGCCCCCAAGAGCCCAUGAGACACCACGCGGCGUUACGACAACUCAGGAACGCAACAGAUGCCACCUGAGAGACGGCUUUCAGCUGUCACCACAGUCCAGUUUGUUGCACACUGCACCUCCCCUCUUAAAUAAACCCCCUUCCUCCCUCCCUCUUCCUCCUAGGUAGGGCUCAACUCAUAGGUAUCCUUCAAUCUCUCCAAGAGAAGAGCAGGGUUUGGAAGAAUGGGAGGCAGAAGUUUCCGGGAUGCGGUGGAAGAGACGAAGCCGGCGGCGUUGAUGGUGUUGGUUCAGGUGGCGUUCGCCGGGUUGAACAUCUUUUGCAAGCUGGCCUUGAACGACGGCAUGGACGUCCGGGUCCUCGUCGCCUACCGGUACAUCUUCGCCAUCACCUUUAUCGGCCCUCUCGCCUUCUUCUUAGAGAGGAAGAGCAGGCCAAGUUUAACGUGGAUGAUAUUGUUACAGUCCUUCCUUUGCGGAUUGUUUGGGGGGACCCUUGCACAAAAUCUCUACGUGGCCAGCUUAAAGCUAACUUCGGCCACCUUCGCCAAUGCCUUGAGCAACCUCAUGCCUGCUUCCACAUUUAUAUUGGCUGUCUCAUUCAGGUUGGAGAUUUUAAGGAUUCGACAAGCUUCGGGACAAGCUAAGGUGUUAGGGACACUUGUAGGAUUAGGUGGGGCAACACUUCUUACCUUCUACAAAGGUCCGGAGAUCAAUCCUUGGUCGACAAACCUCAACCUUCUUAAGAUCCAUCAAGAGGGUGACCAUCACCAAGCUUUGCCUCAUGAGCCGUCUAAACGAAUCAUGGGUGCAUUCUUGGUCAUUGCUUCUUGCUUCUUUUAUUCACUCUGGUUAAUAAUUCAGGCAAAGAUGAGUAGAGCGUACCCUUGUCACUAUUCAAGCUCAGCACUGAUGAAUCUAAUGGGAGCAAUCCAAACUAUUCUUAUAGCCCUCUGCACAAACAGAGAUAUGAAUAAAUGGAGAUUAGGUUUCGAUGUGAGGCUUCUCACUAUUUCCUACGCUGGAGUUGUUGCAUCCGGGUUGAUCAUAGCAGUGUUGAUGUGGUGCAUAAAGAAAAAAGGUCCAUUGUACACCUCAGUUUUCAAUCCUUUGCAGCUUGUGAUUGUUGCCUUAUUAAGUUCACCUCUGCUUGGCGAGAGAUUGCACUUGGGAAGCAUAUUGGGUGCAGUUUUGAUUGUAAUUGGACUUUACUUGGUGCUGUGGGGCAAGAAAAAGGAAGCAACUGUUGCAGCUGAAAAAUCACUAGUGGAGGCUAAGAGCGAAUCGGUAGAAGUCGUGACAGCACCAAGGCCAGCUGAAUCCUCGGGGGCAAAAAACAUUUCUGAACCUAACAACAAAGAAGAAGAAACUCUCGCACUCAGGUCUGAAAAUAUUGGCAUGCUAAAUGCCAGGGGAGAAGAGUUGAAGACAAAUGCAGCAAUGCCAUAGGAUAGGGAGGAGAAUUUUUAUGAUUUGCUUUUGCCUCAUCUUCGAAUAAAUAUGAGACCGGGCAAAAACUCAGCAAGAAUUUUAAAGUAGAAAGAUAGAUGAAUAGGUUUGAUGCUAGAAGAAAUGUUUAAUAUUUGAUAUCAUUUUUGAAAUCUAAAUGUUAAAAAUAAUGGGUUAACUUGGGGCAGCUUGAUCCAUGUUUAUAUAUUUAACUUACAUGGCCUUGUCAGAAAUUUCAGGUUCGUCAUCGUAAAAUCUUCAGCUGGUUUUACUAAGGUAACAUGAGGGAUUUGUAGGCAGCUAAUGUUUUGGUAAAUUUUUGGAUUUCUUUGAA